AUGGCCGCCGCAGAGCAGCAGCAGCUGCAGAGGCAUUCAGAUCUUGAGCAGGCACCGCUCAGCGAGCUCUACGAUGAGGCCGCACGCCUCGCGGACGCUGCCGGCGCCGACCGCGCACCCGCCGCGCUGGAGCGUGCCGUGGCGGCGCUGCUGCGCUGCGAGGCCGCCGCGGAGCGCGCCGCGCUGUUCUCCUCCAACGAGGACGCCGACGAUAUACCCACCUCCAGCCUGAAGUUUCUGCUGCUGCCCUCCAUGCGCGCCGAGCUCCUGGCCGGGGCGCCCUGCGCUGGCGGCCCCGAGCAGCGUGCGCGCCAUGCUGGCGCCGCGCUCGCCGCGCUGCGCGAGUUUCUGGGGCGCGCGGCCCAGUACGGCAUUCUGAAGGGCGCGGCAGCGGAGGCCGCCGGGCUCGGCGCUUGGGGCCAUGGCGGCCGAGGCGUAGGCGGCGGCGAGGAGGAGGAUGGGGAGGGUCGAGGAAACCAAGGCAGCGGCGCAAUUGCGCUGCGGCGCUCUGGGGCCCCAACGUCGAGCUUGGACCCCAACGCACGGCGGCAGGCCAAGAUUGAGCGAUUCAAGCGCUCCCGCGCUCUGGCGGCCGCCGCGGAGCAGCUGCGGCGGCAGCGGGACGAGGCGCGGCGCCGGGGCGGCGGGGCAGCGGACGACGCCGGCGGGGGCGAGACCCAGACUGGCGGCCCUGGCGGGUGGGACGAGGAGGACGAGCGGCGGCUGUGGCUCAUGCGGAUCGAGGCGGCGGCGCUGAGCGGGAUCGACGUGCGGGACUCACUGUUGCAGGAGGCGCAGCUGCUGCAGCACGCGAUCGCGGCGGCGCGGCAGCGCGAGGCCGAAGACGGGCCCCGCAGCGAGAGCGGGCGCGGCGCGAGCACCAGCAGCGGCGGCGGCGGCGCGGCGGGCCGCGACGCGCGGAUGCGGCCGGGGGCGCGGCGAUCGGCGCCGGGGGGUGGCGGCGGCAGCGGCGGAAGCGGGGGGUUCGCUGCCGGAGGCGGCAUGGCGGAGGGGGGCGACGCGGCGUCGAGGGCGGCGAUGAUGACCCGGCUGUCGGGAAUUGCUGAGGCGUUGACACUCAACGGCCGCGAGCGGAUCCACCAGCAGGUGUUCCGACCGUACGUGCCGCUGCCGACCAUAUCAGUGGAGCAGCAGGGGGCAAUGGAGCUCGCCGCCGCGCGCGAGCGCGAGGCGCGCCAGGCUGCGGCUGACGCAGCACGCAGCGCGCGGGAGGAGGCGCGGCGCAGCGACGACGAAGACGAGGAGGAGGUCGCUCGGGCGCGCGCGUGGGACGCCUUCAAAGACGAAAACCCCGCCGGCUGGGGCAACAGCAAACUGCGGCCGUGCGCCUGA